CGGUCGCCUUAAUAAGGCCCGCCCCCCUGCGCGCGGCUUCAGUCCUCAGCUCGGAGCGCGUCCCUGGACACCAGCGCCCCGCCGGCCAUGACAACCUACACCGACAAGGGGCCGAAGCCUGAAGGAGGCCGCUUCUUGAACUUCGACCACGUGACAUUUUGGGUGGGCAAUGCCAAACAGGCUGCGAGCUACUACUGCACGAGGAUGGGGUUCAAGCCCGUGGCCUACAAAGGUCUUGAAACUGGAUCCAGGAAGAUAGCAGCUCACGUCGUGCAACAGAACAAGGUGGUGUUCGUGCUGGUGUCGCCGUACGAGCCGGGGCAGCGCGCGCUGGACGAGCACCUGGUGCGGCACGGCGACGGCGUCAAGGACGUGGCCUUCGCUGUCGAGGACCUGGACACCGUCGUGAGGAUGGCCAAGCAGAGAGGAGCCAAGGUGGUGAAGGACAUCUGGGAGGAGAGUGACGAGGGUGGCAGAGUGAGGUUCGCCCAAGUGCAGACGUUUGGUGAUACGACCCACACGUUUGUCGAGAGACUCGACUACAGCGGCCUGUUCCUUCCCGGGUACAAGAAGUGCUUGGAGGACGACGUUCUGGCGCACAGCCUACCUCCAGGAAAGCUGGACUUCAUAGACCACAUUGUUGGAAAUCAGCCUGAUUUAGAGAUGGAAGAUGCAGCAAAAUGGUAUGAGCGGAACCUGAUGUUCCAUAGGUUCUGGUCAGUAGAUGACUCUCAGAUACACACAGAGUUCUCUGCCUUGCGGUCCAUUGUCAUGACCAACUGGGAUGAAACAAUCAAGAUGCCGAUAAACGAGCCUGCCCCGGGGAAGAAGAAGAGCCAGAUUGCGGAGUACGUGGAGUACUAUGGAGGAGCGGGUGUCCAGCACAUCGCCCUCAACACCCAGGACAUCAUCACCGCCAUCCGCAACCUUCGAAGCCGGGGCAUGCACUUUCUGAAGAUUCCAGAUACGUAUUACGAUACUUUGCGUGAGCGACUCAGAGCUGACAAGGUUAACAUCAUCGAGGAUCUCAAUUCUUUACAGGAGCUGAAUAUUCUGAUAGACUACGAUGAGAAUGGCUACUUGCUGCAGAUCUUCACGAAGAACAUGCAAGACAGGCCAACACUAUUCCUGGAAGUCAUACAGAGACACAACCACAGCGUAAGUGCAGACGAUGCCGAGAACAUUUCCCAGCUUAGUACCACUUCCAGGGUUCCUUCCCCAUUUUUUCUGUCUCGCCUAACAUUUUCUCCCUGCGUAAUUGGGCUGGCUGGCAAAAUAACACAUACAUAUAUUACAAUGUAACAACCCAAGCUACAGCCUCCCCAUUUGUUAAACAGUUUGAUUAGUGAUUUAUUAUAUUUUCUGAUCAAAUUCAGUACCUGAUUAGGUUUUUUGAUAUCAUGUAAAUAACAGCUGUUUAUUCUGUUGAGAGUUAGUUGUGCAUUUGCAAUGAGUUUUAUCAUAAUUUACAUUAAUUUGUGCUUUUUAAGUGUUUCUGAUGAUUUGCUUGGUUUAUUGUGUAUAAGCCAGUUUAAAUUAUUUUUGCCUGAUAAUUUAACUGCUUAGUUAUGUGUUUAUGUUUUCCCACAUAUUCAAGUAUUGUUCGUUGUAUUUUCUUUGAUUUUUUAAGGCGUGGACACAGGGAUGUUCUAUCAGUUCUAGAACAAUAUCGCUGAUGCAAAGGGUUUAUCAGUUACGUAAGUGUAAAAGAGUGACAGAUAUUGGUUGAGCAUGAGAAAAAAGGAGUCUACUAUGUACUCGUGAUUGGCUAAUUUUUUCUGCUGGAAGGAAUAAGCCAUUGCUUGAAGUGAACCAACCAACCAUUUCAGAGUGAUUUUAGGACCAAGAAAAACCAAAAUCAGGAACGUCAAACCAGGAUUCGAACCUCAACCCACUGGAAAGCAUCUUACCACUGUGUCAAGUCUUUACAUGAACAAUUGAUGAGCUAUUUUAGAAUUGCAAUUUUGCUUAUUAGGUUUUAGUAAAUAUUAUCCUCAAAUUUAAUAUAAACUUUACUUGAAGCAAAAAUUAAAGAAAAUUAUUUUAAACAUGAGCUAUUUAGUUACAUGACAAUGUUUUUUUUAAACACUUAUGUACUGUGCAACUAUUUUUUUAAAUUUUAUUUCUGUCCAAUGUGUUUUUAUUUUAGGGAUUUGGUGCAGGCAACUUCAAAGCUCUUUUUGAAGCAAUUGAACUGGACCAAGAAAGAAGAGGAAAUCUCUGAAAAACGUAUAUACUUGUCAAAUUAAUACUGUGUGUCAAAUUAAAAAAAAAAUUGUUUACUUAAUCUAAGUGAAAACAUCAAAAUUGCUGUUCAUAUUUUUAACAACAAAAAGAUUGAAGGAAAAAAAAUGUAUCAAAAAUAUUUUAUAUGUAGAAUAAUAUAAAAAGAACUGGUUGAACCCUA